UUAAUAUGAGAAAAUGGCGAAAUCUAAAGUAGAACAUGUGGUGGUGGAUGCCGUGGCGUUCUUCAGACAAGUUCACUUACAGGAUGUAGCAGAAAACGUCCACACACUACGAGCUGUGGUGAAUGAGAUUAGAGACAAGGCAACACGGCAGUUAUUGGCCGUACUACCCUAUGAGAUCAAGUUCAGGGAACCCUCUACAGAAUGCAUACAAAUAGUGUCAGACUUUGCGAGGAAGACUGGAGAUUACCAGAGCUUGUCUGCGGUGGAUAUCCGAGUGAUCGCAUUGGCUUAUCAACUGACCAAGGAGUACGUCGGCGUUGACGGUCUCAAGAAACAACCUGAAACAAAGAUUACGUAUUCGGCAAGUUCAAAGCCUCUACAGAAAGCCAAAGACAUUGCUGGUUUCUAUUAUCCAGCCAGUAAGGAUGCAAGCAAAGAUUCCAACGCCGAGCAUGAUAAACCGUCCCCUGGUACCACCGAGGACAAUAUGAGGACAGGAGACAUCCAGCUGGAGCUCAAUGAUCAGGUCUGCAAAGAUGAGGAGGAGGAUAAAGAGAAGAUGGAGACGACGGUGGAGGGUGGGUGUGGGAUGGAGGAUGAGAGGACUUGUGAUGAAGUGAUGAAGGAGGAGGAAGGUGAAGCAUCUGUUGAUGCGGGGAAAGACUCUGAGGAAGAUGAGAGGAGAAUAGAGGAGGAAAACAAAAUGGAAGAAAGGACAGACCAAUGUGAUGAAGCAGAAUCCAAACCAGAGCAGAGUCAGUCAGAAGAUGCAGGAAUAGAUGAUACCUCCUGUGACAUGAAUGAUGGUGAUGAGGGCAUUGUUGAGGGAGAGGAGGAGGAGGAGGACGAUGACGAAGAGGAUAACAUUGGAUGGAUCACACCUCAGAACAUCUCUCAAGUUCGGGAGCAGAUGGCAGGAAGUGGAGAAACAAACUUGGAAGGCAUCAAGGUUGGAUGUAUGACCACUGAUUUUGCUAUGCAGAAUGUUCUCAUCCAGUUGGGUAUCCCUGUCAUCUCUGUGAAUGGCAUGCUCAUCAAACACGCCAAGAGCUUUGUUCUACGAUGUCAUGAUUGCUUCAAAGUGACUCACGACAUGGGGAAGGUGUUUUGUCCUAAGUGCGGCAACAAGAGUCUGGAUAAGGUUACCAUGACGAUAGAUGAGGAUGGUUCUCGGAGGUAUCACAUGUCUAGAAGAAGACCAGUCAACACCAGGGGAUUGAGGUAUAACCUGCCCAAACCUCAAGGCGGCAAGCACACAUCCAACCCCAUCCUCUACGCGGACCAGAGGAUACCUCAGAACAGAGAGGCACGCAAGGGCAACAAGAAGACCAACGUAUUUGAUCCCGACUUUGAUGCCAUGGGUUCACCAUUUGCGACGCACGAUGUGACCAGUCGGUCCGCACUGCUGGGUGUCCGACAGCUCGGGGGUCAGGGGUCGGGGAGCAGGAGGAAUCCCAACGAGAAUAGACGGCAGAGUAAGAAGGGAAAGAGGAGAUGAAGCGAUGUUAGCAUGACCAGAUAUCAUCGUGAUAUAUUUCAGUAGUUAUUAACAAAGUUAUAUGGAAUAAAAACUCACUUAAAGCCACACUGUCCUACUUGUAGCUACUUGCUCCCUCUUUAUAGAAAACA